GUUGCAUUUGGAGCAAAACGCGGUUUAGAUGCUUCAUCUACCUUGCCAGAGCACCAGUGGUACAGUGCAUCACAUGACUGGAUCCACUUGACGCAAUACUGCCGAACUUGGUCCGGCGAACGGCAGUAUAUGUGUGUGGACACAUUCUCACACAGUCGCAAAUUUGAACGAGCAUUCCAGAAGCUUGGUUUUGCUGCCACUUCAUUUGACGUGAAGAACAGUGAUGACCAGGACAUCACAUCGCCAUCUGGGUUUCGUUUGCUUUUGGACAUGAUCUUGCAGACCUUAGAUGGUGCCUUUUUACCGGUUGCACCACCUUGUUCCCUUUAUGUCGGCAUCUCGCAGGGAACGCACAAACGCAGUGCAGUAGAUUUGCUUGGCGACAUCAGCCUGAAAUGUGUGCGGCUCAGCAAUUUGAUACUUGCAAACACCGCCACCCUUUUGAUGCUGGCAUUCUGGUGGCGUCCCACUUUGCGAAUCAUGGUGGAACAACCUAUGACAAGCUGGCUGUUCAAGCAGGAAGCCUCAAAGGAUUUCAUAAACAUAUGGGAUUUGAAGCGCUACCUGACUCAUUUAGGAAUAUUCGGCCAUGACUUGCUAAAAUCUACACACUUGUAUUCGAACAUGGCGACUCUGUCAGCCGUUGUACGCAAAGCUACAAAGGCAGUCAGAGCAAAGCAUCGUAAUCGCAUGGAGCGCAAAAUUGAAAGAGCCAAAGCCCAAGGCAAGUAUGUCAAGGUCUACUAUGUCAAAAAUGACAAAGGUUUCCAUGGAGGUCCAGACUUGGCCAGUAGUGCCAGUUACCCUGCUAAAUUUGUAUCAGCUGUGGUAAUGUGCUGGCAGAAUCAGCAUGAGGGCAAAGAGUGA